AUGGCUGCAAUGCAACAGCAGAUGCUGGUGCAAGGCCAGCAGCUGCAGGAGCUACGGGAAGCUCAGGCCGCCAGUUCAAGUGUGGCCCAGGCACCAGUGAGCCCACCGGCCCAGGUUGCUGCUACAGCGCCGGGUCAGGGAGGUGUCUUUGGGCUGCUCCCCUUGGUGGACACAAGAGGGCUCGGAAAGCCUGAGGUGUUUAAAGGAGAUCCAGCAACCUUCAACGACUGGGUCUUCAUCCUUCGGAGCUACAUGGGGGCGAUGGACAGGAGGUACCAAGCCUUACUCCAGAAGGCCGAGUCGUCGGAAAUCCAACUUUGGAACCGACUUCUCACUGAGGAGGAGCAAGGGCUGUCGACUCAGCUCUACUACGUCCUGGUGAUGCUCUGCAGGGGACGUGCGCUGGACAAGCUGCACAACUGUGGGGACAAUGAAGGUGUCGAGGCCUAUCGGCAGCUCUACCUGGAGUACAACCCGAAGCUCAACUCCAGAUAUGUGGGUCUGCUCCUGGAGAUCCUGCGCUACAAGUUCGAAGGGGAUUUGGUCAGUUGCAUCGAGUCCUUUGAGCGCAAGGUGAGGGAGUACGAGAAGCAGUCUGGGAAGGACGUGGACGACGAAACCGUCAUCGGGAUUGUCAUUCUGGGAGUGGAAGACCAGACGGUCAAGGAGCACCUCAUUAGGCACUCAUCCAGGCUUGACACCUGGAAGAAGAUGAGAGCGGAGAUCAUGGAGAUUGCCCGCACGCAGAAGUACUUGCAAAGCACGCCUCAACCGAUGGACGUAGGAGGCCUACCAAAGAAGCCGCAUAAGGGUUCCCCGAAGGGCGCCAAGGGUGAUGGAAAAGGCGACAAGGGCAAGAGCACCGGCAAGGACGCUGGCGGAAAGAAGGGUGGAGACAAAGGAGGCAAGGGCGACAAGAAGAAGGGCCCGUGCUUCUACUGUCAGAAACCCGGCCACACAAAGGCCGAGUGCAGGAAGCGAGCCGCGGACUUGAAAAAGGCCGAGAACAAAGGUAGGACGGCUGCAGCAGCCCCGGAAACCCAAGAGGAGCCCGAAAGUGAAGGCCUAGCAGCCUCAACCUUGUGUGUUGCAACUGUAGCAAACCCUGAAACCCACUGUAGGAUCCUUGUAGACACGGGGGCUGGGGGUGGUUUGGCUCCGGUUGGCUUUGACAACAAGGCCGUUGAGGUUGCAGGUGACAGGGUCCGCAUGAACACGGUCACGGGAGAAGCCUUGGAAUUGGGUAAGUGCAAGACUUCGUCGCUCAAGCAUGGGGAUGUGCCAGUUGAGUUUAACUACAGGGAAAGCAACAGCGUCCAGUUUCCUGUUAUCUCCAUGUCAGAAGCCAGUCAGAAGGGAACCUGGUUGGUGGUAGGGCCCUCGCACCAAUUCCUCGUAGGUCGCUGUGGUGGUGAGCAACUCAAGAAAGCUUUGAAGGAAGUCCCAAAAGUUCCUUUAGUGAAGGAUAAAGGUGUCUACUGGUUGGAAGCGACUAUGGGUAAGCCCCAGAACCCUGAAAGGCAUAGGAUCGCAGCUCCAACAGCUCGGGAAGCCAGACCGGAGGUAGCGGAUAGCGCCCCGGGAGUGGAGGUAGCUGACAGCGCCCCACCUGCCCAGGUGGAUGCGAGGCCUCUUGGCGACGCUCCCCUGGAAGAGCCGCCUGAACCUGAAGGAGAGGCCGGGCGUAAGGCUAAGCACAAGAAGGUACCCCCGAGUGUCAGUGCUGAGAUGCGUGCUGAACACGAGUUAACACACCUUCCAUUUCGGAGUUGGUGUGAGUCUUGCGUGGUGGGGAAGGGCACCGAAGACUUCCAUCAAAGGCGCCAAGAAGAAAAGAAAGAGGACGUAGCAAGGUACUGUAUCGACUACUGCUUCUUCACGAAAGCCUUGUCCCAGGAAGCAGCUUCCACUGACGCCAAGGACAUCCUCGAGGCCAAAGCUGGUGCCAAGGCCGUUUUGGUUUGCAGGGACCAAAAGUCAGGGGCUCUGUUUACGGGUGUAGCUAACAGCAAGGGCACCGGGGAUCCGUAUUCCAUGGCUUUUGCGCUAGAAGGGAUGAAGUUCUGUGGUCACCCAGACAUGAUAGUUGUUAGCGAUACUGAGCCAGCUAUCAAAAGUUUAGGUGAAGAACUUGUUAAGAGGUACCCCAAGAAAGCAAGCAGUCAACCAGUGCCCAAAGGAGACCACAAGGCCAACGGUGCAGCUGAGCGAGCUGUGCUGGAACUUAGCAUGACGGUCGUACAGCCUACGAGAGGCAAAAGUUUGAGCAACGAUGAGCACUUCGUGGCAACAGCCAACGGCAUCCAGAGGUGUCGCUCGGUUCGUAGGCGAGUUGAGGCCAAGCGCUUUGACCCCACGUUUGUUCUGAGGUUUGAAAAGCUGUGCAGGGAACCUGUGGUUGCGGAAACAGCGCCCGGGGACGACACAGUUGAGCCAUCAAGCAAUGGAGGGGAUGAUCCGAUGGGUGCCGGCCCUGGCCCCUCGGAUAAGCAGGCAAGUUCAGAGGCCGCGGGUAGUCGCGCCUCUGGGUCUGGCUCGGUGGCUGCCGGUUCUGGCGCCCCGAGUGAAAGAAAGCGAGGUGGGUUGGACCUUAGCGACAGCCCCCUCAAGGAGGCCAGGACCUCGGAACCUGCUCGGGCCUCAGACAGCCCAAGGUCCCCUAGCAGAAAGCGUGAAGCGGAAGGCAAAACGGAGGAGGUUGAAGAAGAAAUGGUGGCAGGAUUGCCAACAAUGCACGUGGCGGCCAUGGUGAUCAGUGACAGAAUGAUCGCAUCAGCAGCGAAGGAGCUCGAGAAACCGGUCUACGAUGAGAAGACUGGAAAGUUGCUGGACCCCGAGAAGGUGAAGAUCGGGAGGAUGAAAGAGAUGACCAAGAUGGAGUCCUUUGGAGUCAAAGGCGACAUCACAUAUGAUGAAGCCAAGGCGAAGGGGCUCAGACUGGUGAAAUCCAGGUGGAUCGACACCGAGAAGGAGAUCGAAGGGAAGCCUGGAGUCAGGAGUCGCUUGGUCGCUCAGGAAGUGAACACUUACAAGCGAGAAGAUGUAUCGAUGGGAACGCCUCCCAUUCGAGUGCAUCGAGCUGUGAUUUCGCACGCAGCCACAGCGAGGCCCGGUGAGAGCAAGAGCAAGAAGCUGAUCGGAAGAUAUGAUGUGAGCGUGGCCUUCUUCCACGCCGACAACAGCGAAAAGAUUGGGGUAAUACCCCCGGCGUCAGAAGGAACUCCCAACAUCAUCUGGGAGUUGCACAAGGCGAUGAACGGAACCCGGGAAGCCUCUAGGCAAUGGGGAGUGAAGAUCCGUGAGGUGAAAACAAGACACAAUUUCGACGAGCUGCUGUUGUGCCCCAACACCUACUACUUGAAAGAGCAUGAUCUAUGCUUGUCGUGCCACGGUGACGAUUUCCUGGCGAGUGGAGAAAGAGAAGCUCUCGACAUGCUGGACAAGAUCAUGGAGGAGAACUACGAGGUGAAAGUGCUACCGAGAAUCGGUGACCCAGCUCAUGGAGGGGAAGUCUCAGAAGGACGCCAUCUUGGGCGCCUGAUCAAGUGGACAGGCUCAGGAUUUACCUGGGAAUGCGACCCCAAGUUUGCCCCACAAGUCAUCGAGGAACUCGAGCUAAAAGGGUGCAAAGGAGUUGACACUCCUGCUUCGAAGGCCACAGGCGUGGGAAACAGAGAAGUGGAGAAGGAGCUCAGCCGUGAGAGGGCCGAGGUCUUCAGACGAGUGACUGGCACCAUCCUUUACAUGGCAGUCGACCGUCCCUCGUUGCAGUACGCAGCAAGUGAACUGGCUGAAGGGAUGAGCAAGCCCUUGGAGAUUCAUUGGCUAAGGCUGAAGCGCGUCGGAAAGUACAUUGCCAAGUACCCCGUCGAGAAAUGGCACUUCGAAUUGCAAGAAGCACCUGCGCAGCUAGAGUCCUUUUCAGACUCAGACUGGGCAACAGAUCGCAGAACCAGAAGGUCUAUGAGUUCCACGUAUCAGAGGUUUGGGAAGCACCUCCUAGACACGAGCUGUGGUCGACAAAGUCUCGUGGCCCUAUCGUCGGGCGAGGCCGAGUUCUAUGCCAUGGUCAAGACAGCAGCAGAAGGAAAGCUUACAACAGAGAUCCUCCGACACUUUGGUUGGAAGGUCGAGCACCGAGUGCUGAGCGAUAGCUCGGCCGCCAGGUCGAUGGCACAGAGGGUAGGGUGUGGAAAAGUCAAGCACUUAUCCCUGAAGGAGAUGUGGAUACAGCAAGCAGUUCGAAACAAAGAACUUUCCAUAGGCAAAGUGGAUACGCUCAUGAACAUCUCGGAUCUUGGCACGAAGGCUUUAGAAGCAGCCAGAAUGGACUCGCUGAUGAAGCAGCUGCCCUUGGAAAGGGGCAUCGUGGCAGCUGUGGUCAGCUGCUGUUUGGAGAAAGUCCAAGCAGCUCCAGUUCAGAGUGAAGAGGUCUGGUGGUUGAACCUUUACUUAGGGUUGGUUCACCUGUUGGCCUUGGUUGGGUUGCUGUUUGCCAGCUACAAGGGAGUUGAAGUGCUUUUGAAAGGUUGGCACUGGUUGUGUGGAAGGGGCAAUAGGCCCAGUGUAGCGCAGUCCAGUGCAGCCAUGGCACUCAGUCGUCGUGACACUCCUCGUGGCAGCGGUGCUGAGGAGGCUCAACACAGUGCAGAGGUUCCUACAACACGGAUGCCAUCUGUCCCCGAGGGAACCUCCGUGCUGAGAUCCCCUGCUGGACAGAGUGACAGUGACAGGAUGAGUUUCCGUGGUGACGCCAGAACUGGUGUCGACGAUCGAGUCAGAGUGGUGAGAGAUACCUUGAGCCUGCUCACGGUGGAAGAACUCAAGAGUGGCCUACGAGUGGAAGGGCUCCAGGUGACAGGGUUGAAGCAAGACCUGAUGGAGCGACUUCUGCACAAGUUCGAUGGUGGAGAUGAAUCGCUGUCGGACCGGCCAAGCACCAAGCAGCUGAGGUAUGUGCUCUACAUCCAUCGUCAUCGAGCCCAAUGCCGAAUUCAGUAUGAGAAUCUUCGGACUCGUGAAGAGACUUCGAAGUGGAUCGCCAACUGGAAGGUCUGA